AUGCCCACUAUUGCUGAUACUGAAGUAGUGCCGUCAACAAAGGGUAUUGGAGAUGUUAUGGAGACGAGUAACCCUUAUGUGUCUUCGUUGGCCUACCCGAAAAGAUCCAAAGUACCAUUAAAAGUGCUUCUAUGGGGCCUUCCAUACGUGGAAAGCGAGACUCGGCUGAAACAAGCUCCUUUAACCAUGACGCGUGACAACAAAGUUCACACCCUUCCAGUGCUGCAAGACCCUUGCAAGCUUACGUGGAUGAAACAUACCCAUAAUAGCGUUCUCGAUAGGCUCAAUCAAAAAUUGUAG